CUCGAGUGCAAGGGGUUAAACGAUGUGUCCGAUGGCCGCGAUACAGCCUCAGAAUCGUCGUCGAUGAUUACAGACCAGGGUUGCUGGAGCAUAAAAAGCGCCGCCUUUUGACCGCUACCUUGUUGCCGUUCAAUGCAUCGCAAUGACCGUCUAGCCGGCGUCCCAGCCUAUUUCCUGCGCGUAUAAAUCUUCGUUUACGCGGCUCAAAUGGUUUACAGUGUGCCUCGACCGAAGAGGAAGACGCAUGUCCUUCGGCGCACUCGCGACAGAGGACACAGAUCAUCGGAAAGACUCGAAGGAUCAUUCCUAUAAUUGUUCAUCGACCGACAGAGUGAUUCACUGGUGAAAAUUACCAGCAGUCUCGAAGCGUAUAAGGAACAUUAAUGGAACCACCGACGCGGACACGCGUGUACCAGCGCCAUUUGCCGUGAAGCGAUCCAAAGGACUCGAUUUUAUUGGAACAGGACGAGCAUCGGACAACUCUCCCCGAUGCAAAUACACCCACGCGCGUUCUACGCGUUCCUGCUCGCGCCUGCUGUCCUCGCGUACGCCGGCUGCGACGACAGAGCGACAUGGCACAACGGCUUGCGCGCGGUCUUCAAGAACUGCCCGUACGAGUCCUGGACCGACAACGGCCACGACGAUUUCCUGGAGAAGUACCAGCGCUGUCUGCAGCAGCACGCGCUCGCUGCUCUCGACACGCUCCUCGCGGAUGACGUUAUACCUGUCGUCGAUGGACUGAACCUGGUACGCUUCCAGCAGGACAGAACCAACUCUACGGACAACGAACGCGUGGACAGCGAGCUGGAAGAGGACACACACUGGACGGCGAUAAUCGUGAAACGAUUACGGCGCGUUUUACGCACCCAUGUCUUCCAGGUGGACGUCGACCAUCUGAUCAACAACGCCUCCUCGCUGAACAACUCCGAGGCGGAAGGGAACAGCGUGUCCGAAGGUCGCAGACGUCGCAACAGGAACAAGUACAACCACAUGGUGCCUUUGAUGAUGCUAGGCUUCGUGCUGAUGGGUUCCAUCCUCAUCCCCAUGGGUUUCCAAUUCUUAGCGGUCCUCGGUGGCAAGGCGUUACUUCUAGCCAAGAUGGCUCUGAUACUGACCAGCAUACAGGGCUUAAAGAAAAUAGCGACGAACGGCGUGAACUACGGAUUGUACCACACGCCCGUGGACCACGGCUGGCACGACAGAAGCAACGUGGAGCAGAACCCACAUUUAGAGCAGUUGCCUUACCCUCUGCACUUCCGUCCUUGACUCGAAGCUUCCUGUCGAAAACGCUCGUCGCGAAAUGAAUUCUUGUGGAUCUCUAUGCGAAUGAUCGUGUCCCUUAGAAAGUCAGAACAAAGGGAACUGCUAAACUUAACCCCUUGUCUUAGAAUAUCUUGUCAGACACUAGGUUUCAACUAUGUUUUCACAAACAAAUGUCAUUGAGUUCAAUUCAAAUGAAAAUAGAAAGAUGUUUUCUUUUACUAGUGUAUUAUAAAUGAAACAUCUUGUUAGCAAUUUAUUUGUACUAAAUCUAGACAUAGAAAGAUGUUCUCUUUUGCUAAUGUAUUAUACAUGAAACAUCUUGUUAGCAAUUUAUGUGUACUAAAUUUAGACAUAGAAAGAUGUUUUCUUUUACUAGUGUAUUAUAAAUGAAACAUCGUUCUUGUUAGCAAUUUAUAUGUACUGAAUCUAGACACAGAAAGAUGUUUUCUUUUACUAGUGUAUCAUUCAUGAUAAACAGUUUUAACAAAUGUACCUACAAAAAGAAAUCAUAAGGCAAGGGAUUAAAUUGAAUCGAAGAAAUCAGCUUGGAAUCUUUUUGUGUGGCUUUAUUAUGGAAUAUGAAACUAUUUUCUUAAACGUCGAAGCGUGCAGAAUAACUUCUUUGUUAAUUAGCGGAAUUAUGGAGCUCUCUGCGCAGCAUUGAACAAUACAGUCACACCUGUUGUAGAUGGAAUUCUGCAGCCCUUGUCGAGUCUCUUUCCGACGAGAUUCACUUUUCACGCGGAGAUGAAAUUGAUUUUGUUAGAA